ACCUAUCGCAUUAUUUCUUCUUCGUAUUGUGUAUCGUAAAUAAACGAUCAAAUAGAUCGUGUUUCAUGUAUUCCUUGGAAUUUUUUUUAACGUUGUGAAGAAGUGCAGCUAAAUAUUCAAAAUGGAUGAAUUGGGCGAACCUAUGGACGUGGAAAUGGUCCCAAUUACGGAUGACAGCAAGCUUCUUGAUUCUGACCAAACCAAUGUAAAAACGUUUAACUCUAACAAUGUGCAAGUACCGGAGGUACAGUUGGACAGCCGCUACGAGAAUCGCGGCGGUACUUUUAUGACAGGAAUAGAUAUAUUUAGUAAGGAAGAAAAAAUGAAAAUGGAAGAGAGAGCAAAACGUUUUGGAUUAACAGAUAAGAUAAAAAAUAGUCUAUCAAAUCAAGAACAGGACUUAUACUCUAGUAUGGGCAUUGUAGAAGACAAUGAAAAUACAAAAAAUGUUAGAUUGAAUGUAAUACACAUGAGAGGAACUGAAGAUAUGAGCACUAAAGAUGUUUUUAAAUAUUUUGAGGAUUAUGCCCCAGCAUCCAUUGAGUGGAUCAAUGAUGUGUCAUGCAAUGUAGUGUGGCUAGAUAAUUUAUCUGCAGCUAGAGCUAUGAUGGGAUUGUCAAAAAAAAUUGUAGGUUUAGACAAACAGAGUCAAAGAAAUACAAAAGUACUUGAUGGUAGUCCUGAUGAAGAGAACAAUGUAACUACUGAUGACUGUACCAUAGAAAUGAUUGAUGACAAUGAAACUACCAACACACCUAAAGAUACAGAACAAGACUAUAUCAGCAUCAAGGAUAUUAAUUGCCCAUUACCUCCUGGUUUAUGGAGAAAGGGUAUAGAUUAUCCUAAAUCUAAAGCAAUAUUUAUUAGGUUUGCAACUAGAGCAGAUAAAAAGCAACCAAAUGCAGAAAAAAUGAGUGAUUAUUAUAAAAAAUAUGGUAACCCCAAUUUUGGAGGUAUUAAAGGAAUUUUAACCGAGUCUCGAAAACGAAUGUACAAACAAAUUAAGCAAAGUAAGAGAAGAUUCAAAGAAGAACCGCAAGACGAUGUUAAUGAUAGAAGACGUGUAAAAAAUCCAUGGGGUGCAUUGUCGGAAACAUGGGGACUCAAUGACGCUAUAGAAAACGAGUUCGGCACGCGAAACGAACCGAAAGACCAAGGGCGUAGCGUAAAAGAAAGAUUGGGUGUAAAGUACCCUCAAAAAGAAAUGCCAUAUACAGAAGAACAACAAAGUAGCUCUACCAGCGAUAGCGAAGACGAAUGGUGUAAGAGGAGUAAAGUGUUAAGAAUGCGAAUGCAUGCGGACGACGAGGAAGAAAAAAUACAUAAACGACGCGCGAAGCUCCGACAACAAACGAUGUUGAACAAUUUAAAUAAAGGCAAUGAUUUACGAUCGAGACUCGGUAAAGCGAGGAAAGGAACGCAGUUCCGUGAUGCAAUUCAAGUAGUUGUAACGAAUACAAAUGCAACAAAGCCGAAUUCGUUAAAGCUUAAUGAUUCAGAGGAGGAAGACGGUGAAAUUGUAGAAGAUUCUGAGAAUCAAGAAAAGGAAGAAGGUGAAUGGCAAGGAUCUGACGAAGAAGAGCGGGAAGAAGAAGACGAGAACGAAGACUAUAGUGACGAGGACAGUGACAAACUGGCGAAAGAAGUCCAAGGACCCAAAGGCAGCGUGAUAAAAGUAGUUCAACACAAGCCUCGUGUUGCUUCUACGGUUUGGGCAAGAUUAAACAAUGUAAAAAGUGAAGUCAUCGAUAACCCUGUAAAAGAAAGGCCAUCAAGAAUACGAGAUCUAAGAAGUACUUUAAAAAGUGGCGAUCUUCGAUCUCGGAUUGGAAAUCAUACGAGAGGCCGUUCACCUUUAAGGAUAGAAGUGAAAAAUGACAAAUACACCGAAGGAAGUGAAACGGAAUAA